AUGACAUUAACUAGUCAGGAGUUGCUAAAAGAGCUUUCGACUGAAAAACCUAUUCCAAAUAUUGACAUGUUUCUUGCUGAUGAUCGCCAAAUUCUUCAAUGCAACGCCCAUGAAUGCCCUGUAUUGAUGGUGCAAGACUUUCAAGAACUCUUCCCAAACAAUCCAGAACUCUCCCAAGGCAUGACUGUGAUGACUAUCUCUCAAAAAUCGAUCAAUGAUAUGAGUUCCUGGUCAUCGAAAGUCAUUGAUGAACGUGAAUCUCUCAUGGAAAAGUUCGUUUUCACUGCAGAACGAAUGUGCAAUUAUCUCAAAAGUCUUGGUUAUUGGGCAGAUUUUAUUGAUCCCUCGUCUGGACGUCCUUACAAUGGAGAUUACACUCCAGCAACCUUUUUCGAAACUGAUGAGCGCUAUCGAAAGUUUGGCUUUGAAAUUGAAGAUCUUGGAUGUUGCAAGGUUAUUUCGCAUUCUAAAUGGGGAACUAACUUAUUCGUUGGAGCUCUUUUCACCAAUGCUCCCGUUGAAUCGGAUGCUAUCCAGAGUUUGAUUAUUUACAUGGAUGAAUAA